GUUGAUAGUAUUCGAUACAGAUACAUAUAGCAAUCACGAUAUCACUCGAUGACCGUGCGGCACAUUCCAUACGGCUGAACCAGUAUCAUCUGCAUACAGUGGGGGUUUAUUGUUUUUAUUGCGACCGGAACACUGCACAGUGCAUCGAUUAUCAGUGCUUCGAAGGACGGUUAUCCAAAGUAGACAUUAGCGUGCGAUAAAUUAUUGCGCUAUAUCGAAUUCGAAGUGCAGCUAUCUAUCGUAGAACUUGAAGAUUGUGUGCAACAGCGGCUAUUGUGAUUGUGCCAAGUGAUAACAAUGGCGGCAGCCAUGGAAAACAUCAGCAAUAUAAAGUUAUAUGAUUUGAUCACCAGGUGGAUAGAAGUGCAAAAGAUGCGGCCGGAUUACAAUGAUGGAAGUCCACUUAGCAUUGACGUAAUGGAUCUAACGCUGCUACUCAAGUCAAUGGGCCUCAAGCUGGAAUACAUUGACUUUGAGGAGGAGAAGCUCAACACAGACACAUUAUCCGUGCAAAUAAAGUGCAAUAAAUCUGGCGUUUUGGCCAAGUUGAGCUACGAUUUGGUAAACUGUUCCUGUCCAGAUAAGAAUUACAAGGAAACCUCUUUUUGGGAGGUGCAAGGUACCGGACCAUCCGUGUUUUCAAAGUGCACAAACGAUACCUCGUCGAACCUUCUGCCGGAAAUUUCUGAAAAAUGUUCCAUGGUAUCCAAAGCAAUGCUGUCCAAUCUACUGGACUACUAUCGGUCCAACAUCAGGGCCAUCGAGCGGGGAGAAGAUGUUCUACAAUCGCCUUUGAAGGUUGCCACCCCGAAGAUCUGUAUCAUAAGUCCGGGAAAGAGUCUAACUUCUGAUCCUUGUGCAACGCCACCUGCUGAAGGAAAGACUGCACACACCGAGCUCCCGCAUACUCCCGAUAACAGGAAUAAAUUUGAGUCAGUUGGGAAGGGGGUCAAACCUAGAUCAUUGGAGGAGCUUCAAGACAGUCCGAAAAAGUCAUCAGACGAACAAAAUGAUGCCAAAUUGAACAGUUCUUUGGAAAGCGUAGGAAUAGAUAAUGCCACACGAGAGCUAUCUGGUAACGAUUCUGCUGAAAAACCCAUAAUCGUUGGCGAAUCUACUCCCGAGCCUGCGCUAUCCAAGUCGAACAUGCCGAAUGAUAGUUCGUUCGCUAAUAGCGAAGCCAUGAAGGCACUGAUCACGUCUAGUCCCAAUGAGAAAAUUUUCGAUUCCAUCCUGACCGUCGACCAAAACCACGAACGUGACCUAAAUGUAAUCCACUGCCUACAGCAAGCCCGCCAGCAAAUUGACACCGCUAUGCUGGUUAUGAAGCUGAACAAUCCAUGUUCAGACCUUACGAAAAUCUCCGCCGUUACUACCACUCCCCAAACGGUCAUUCGAAACAAGCAAUUUGCUCCAAAACACCCAGAACGGAAUUCGAUGGUUGCUAGAAGAAUGUCUUUGCCAGGUCAUCCAUCGGAACCAUCGAAACUUGCCGCUAGCAGCACUCCUGGAUUGAUGAAGAAGAAACCGACAAUUCCAUCGCACCUUGUUAAACCAAUGGCACCACGUGGAGAUACUCCACGUCCCACUGGGUCACAGCUUAAAACCGCUUCACUGUUGAGAAAAGCGAAUUCUUCAUCCUCGGUUGCGAGCAGCAGUUCUACAACCAAAUCUGCACCAACUACGAUCACUAGGAAACCGAUUGCUGGAGUUAAACCAAUAGGUAGCGUACGGCCAACGUCGAGUGCCGCUGGGCGGACAGCGACGUCCGUGGCCAGGUCGGUCAGUGCGUCAAGGCUCGACAAAAAGUGAAAUGGAGUAUUUUGAGUGCGUGUCUGUUGGCCAUAUUUAUUUAUUACUUUUAUGGACAUUUUUGGCCUUUGCAUUUUCGAACACUGCCAAUCCACUUUUUGCAGUGUUGUCCUUUAUAAUAUGAUGCGUUUUAUA